AUGGCACCACCAAAAAAGUCAAAUGUGUUUGAUCUGGGCCUGGGUACAUGGAAUGCAAGUGCCCAAGAGGAGAGCCACAGUGCCCAGGCACCUUCCAGAGGUGUUGGCAAGCAGCUGCCAGAGUACAAGGCGGUGGUUGUCGGUGCAAGUGGUGUGGGAAAGAGCGCGCUCACCAUCCAGCUGAACCAUGAGUGCUUUGUGGAAGACCAUGACCCCACGAUCCAGGAUUCCUACUGGAAGGAGGUGACCCUGGACCAAGGAGGCUGCAUCCUGAAUGUGCUGGAUACGGCUGGCCAGGCCACUCAUAAGGCCCUGCGUGACCAGUGCUUGGCUGUUGGGGAUGGUGUGCUGGGUGUCUUUGCCCUCGAUGACCCCUCAUCUCUAACCCAGCUGCAGCAGAUGCGGGCCACGUGGGGCCCUCACUAUACCCGGCCCCUCGUCCUUGUGGGCAACAAGUGCGACCUUGUGACCACCAACGGAGAUGCUCAUGCUGCUGCUAUAGCCCUCGCGAAGAGCUGGGGGGCCCCUUUCGUGGAGACCUCAGCUAAAACACGGCAAGGUGUAGAGGAGGCCUUUUCCCUGCUCAUCCAUGAGAUCCAAAGGGUCCGGGAGGCUGAGGCAGCAGCCGCUGCAGGUGGGGCUAAGUCCCGGCACCAGAAGACCAUGUGCCACUGUGGCUGCUCUGUGGCCUGA